AUGGCGACUCCGGCAUGGAGCCAUGCCAAGGCUCAAUGGGUAGUCGCCAUGUUGGCGUUACUCGUUGGCUCGGCUAUGGCUACCGAACCUUACUACUAUAGCUCUCCUCCGCCACCUUACGAGUAUAAAUCUCCUCCGCCCCCGGUUAAGUCUCCGCCACCUCCUUAUGAAUACAAAUCUCCUCCCCCACCGAUCAAAUCUCCUCCUCCUUAUUACUAUAAUUCACCGCCGCCGCCAGUUAAAUGUUAUGACUGGACUCACCCCAAAAAGUCUCAUGAUAAGAAGCAUCUCCAAGGUGCUGUUGUGGAAGUGACUUGUAAGGCCGGUGACAAGACGGUUAAGGCAUACGGAAAGACCAAGAACAAUGGUAAAUACGCAAUCACCGUUAAGGGAUACAACUACCGUAAAUACGGAGGUGAUGUGUGCACGGCCAAGCUUCACGCACCGCCUAAGGGCUCACCAUGUAACAUUCCCACAGAUUACCACUGGGGUAACAAGGGUGCUAAACUUCACGUGAAAUCGAAGACAAAGGACGAGGUUGUUCUUUAUGCUAAGUCCUUUGCUUAUGCACCAAAGAAACCUUACGGAGAAUGUCACAAACCGGCACCUUACCAUCCUCCUUACUACUACAAAUGUUAUGACUGGACUCACCCCAAAAAGUCUCAUGAUAAGAAGCAUCUCCAAGGUGCUGUUGUGGAAGUGACUUGUAAGGCCGGUGACAAGACGGUUAAGGCAUACGGAAAGACCAAGAACAAUGGUAAAUACGCAAUCACCGUUAAGGGAUACAACUACCGUAAAUACGGAGGUGAUGUGUGCACGGCCAAGCUUCACGCACCGCCUAAGGGCUCACCAUGUAACAUUCCCACAGAUUACCAUUGGGGUAACAAGGGUGCUAAACUUCACGUGAAAUCGAAGACAAAGGACGAGGUUGUUCUUUAUGCUAAGUCCUUUGCUUAUGCACCAAAGAAACCUUACGGAGAAUGUCACAAACCGGCACCUUACCAUCCUCCUUACUACUACAAGUCCCCACCACCACCAACCUAUGUCUACAAAUCUCCACCACCGCCAACUCCUACUUACAUUUACAAGUCACCGCCACCUCCAACCCCAACAUAUGUCUACAAGUCUCCUCCACCACCAACCCCGACCUAUGUCUAUAAGUCUCCGCCUCCUCCAACCCCAACAUAUGUCUACAAGUCUCCUCCACCGCCAACCCCGACAUAUGUUUACAAGUCUCCGCCUCUUCCAACCCCAACCUAUGUCUACAAAUCUCCACCACCGCCUACUCCGACUUACGUUUACAAGUCACCGCCACCUCCAACCCCAACAUAUGUCUACAAGUCUCCUCCACCACCAACCCCGACCUAUGUCUACAAAGAAUCACUUUCACUCAACUAA